AUUAAAUCUGAGAGACACAGAGAGAAAAAAAGUGAUAGAGUAAAGGCACAGCUAGAGAGGGAGGGAUAAAUAUAGCACAAAAACUUCAGAGAGACAGAAGCUGGAAAGAGAUAUUUCAAGAACACAAAGACAACAGAGACAAAAAACCGAAGCAGAGAGUGAGCUCUAAUUUGUCAUGUUAGAGGAGGAGCUGAGCAGAGAUGAGUGAGGCGCUUCUGCUCCCAGUGAUCCGAGCAGGAGACAAGAGGACACUGUCCAGAGCAGAGUUUCUCUCGCUGCUGAACACUUACAACUGCUUCCUAAAGGACCAGACUCAGCUGCAUCUCACUUAUUUUCAGGGGGCGGAUGGAGACGUGAGUGUCGAGGGCUUUCUGAAUAUCUGCUGGGGUGUGCAGAGACCCAUCAGGCUGAAAAUCCAGGAUGACAAACAGAUACCUCCCUUCGCUCCUCUUCUCUCACCCAAACCCACCAGUCCAGCCAGCCCACCGGCACACAACAGUGGGAUGUCACGAUGGGGAGAGUAUAACGAUCUUCACCACAUAGAUGAGAUGGCUGAGACAGCACAGGAAACUGUAGUGAAAAAUACAUUACCAGGUCCUACUGUGUAUGAGACCAGCACCCUUCGGCCAGUGAGGCAGAAGAACCCAGAACCGGAGGUGGAGUCCAACCUGGUCCGGUGCAUGAGCGACGCCUCUCUGGUGAAGAGGAGGCGGGGCAGAGGAAAGUCGGCUGCACAGAGAGAGAGGGAAAAACAGCAUCGCUUCUCCAUCAACGGUCACUUCUAUAACUACAAAACCUCCAUCUUCACUCCGUCCUUUGGUACUCCUACUAAAGUUCGCAUCUCAAGUAAGAUGACCACAAAUCAAGUCAUUGAGCAGCUGCUGAAGAAGUUCAAGAUAGAGAAUGAUCCCCAGGAGUUUGCGCUGUACUGCAUUCACCAGAGUGGAGAAAAGAGAAAGCUGAGUAACAGAGACCACCCAUUGUGGGAGCGUAUACUGCAAGGGCCCUCUGACGACAUCAUGAAGAUAUUCUUGAUGGACGUGCAUGAAGAGGAAGUCAGUAAUGAUGUUGCUCAGUAUCUGAACUUGGAACUUCCUAUACUUGAGCAUGUUUUACUCAAGUUGCGAGAGCAGGAGAGCAGAGAGAUACAACACGUGAUCAGCAGGUACCACCACCAACACAGACUCCUGUCCCACAUGCUGAACUCUAAACUGUCCCCUCACAUCGAGACCAGUGUGUGACCACUGCUGAUCUGAAUAACUGGCAGUGCCUUCACCUUCAGGGUGAAAAAGUAUCUCUGGGAGGUUCUGUACAUGUUUACUGCAUUUUUAUACAUUUUAAUCAAUUUAUUUCUGAAUGCUAAAUUUCAGUUAUGAUGCAUACAGGGCAGUAUUUUGGAGUGUAGGUGAUGGCACAACAUGUUAUUACUACAGAUAAUCAAUGGUUAGUCAGUUUUGUGUUUUAUCCACUAAGUGAUUUUUUUGUCUUUUUUUAACUGUAAAUUAUGUACACAACACAUCUGUAUCUGUCAGUGUGUUUGGACCAGUACGUCUGUGAAUAAAAAGGGACCAGCAUAAUUA